UUUUAAUUUUUUAAAUAAACCCAGCGACCCCAGUGUGAGACAGUAGUUGCUUCAUACCUGUUAGUUAAAUGAUACAACACUCUGGCGAGUAGAACAGCUCUCCUCUCCCCUUCUCCAUCCUCCCAUCACUGGAGUGUAGGGAUGGACACACACAGACACACGUGUGCAUACUCAGUGGCCAGGAGCCUAGGAAUCUUUUCUGGAACAACGUCAAGUGCUAACAAAUGAAGCGCUGUUGCUUCGAAGCUUAGCUAACAACAACCUUGGCCAUGUCUGUGUGACUGCCCCGGGAAUUACAAAUGAAGAGUCUGGGGACCCAGCAGCUUUGUGGACUCAUUCCAAUGGGAAUACAGGAUGCAGCUGAAAUAAAGAAUGCCUCUUUGUGACUCAUUAAACUCUACUCUGUUCCUUUCUAUUAGGCAUGUGUCUGCCAUGCCCUGCAAAGCUAUGAUAUUCAAAAGUGGAAGAGUCAGGCAGAAAUAAAAACAUUUCACUUCAGCACCCAAACCAUGUGCCCCUUAAUUUGAAAUAAAUCUGUGACAACUGACAGAUAAUUCUUUCAGACAGUUAUGGAGAAAGGCUUGACUUGUCCUAGUAAAUCAGACACAGGAGUCAUUAUUUUUAGUCUCGUUAAAAAAAUGUUACCAUAGCAACUGCACCAUCAUCUCGGGCAAAUGUUAUCUCUUUAAGUCAAUAACACGAGGAGCUGACCACAAAUACCCAGUGCUUUGAAAGGAAGAAAUGACUUUUCAACAAAAUUAGUUUCUUCCAAGUCUUCACUGUUCAUCUUCAUUCAUGUGCCCAGAAUUCCUCUCCUCUCCCCCGUGGACAAUAAGCAGUAUUAAAAGCAACAUACCACUUUAUAAGACUCAAGGCUGACCUUUCUUCUAUCAUUAAUUCUCUUAGUUCCUUGAAACUCAUAGCUUCAUAUGUGGCUUUGUUUUCCACCCAUGGGAAGCAUAAUGCUAAUUAAUUUGACCCUUGGGCCGAGCAUUGUGUAUUUUGAGAACACAGUGUGGAAAAGCAUACUAGAGCAUGCACAUCUUUUCUAAACUCUUAAGAGAUGGUUUUAAGUGAUGCAGCAAACAGCUUAGUUCCUGUGGGCUCUCAUUUCAUACCUGUGCAAGACCGUGGAUGCUCAGGGAGCAUUGUUUGGCUUAGUUUGACUCCAUAUUUGGUCAGAACUGAAAUUGAAUGUUUGCGAAGAUUUAUUAAUAUAUUGAAAUUUGCAACUGUGAUAAAGCUUUUACCCUCAAAAUAUGAGAUUUGGACUUUAAAAAUUAAGCCUAAUACUUUAGAUUUUUUCUUCUACUGAAAACAUGUUGUUAAUUUUAGUGUCAGAUUAAAGCACCCCAAGAUGGCUGGGAAAGCAAGGUUGGUUCUUAGCUAUGUCCUGGUUUCAGAAUGCUGGUGAGGUCUCAUAGUCCCCAAAGACUUUGCUUCUUCUCUUCUCAGACUCACAUUUUUUUUUUUUCACCUCUAAUACCUUGGAAAUCAGGAUAUGCUUAACAACUGCUGGUGUGAUAUAAUUUUUUAUUGGCAGCUUUUUAUUUCUUAGUGGUACACAUGAUAAUGAUGCAUUUCCAGGGAAGGAAAGAGAAACAACAAUUAUUGCCUGCUUAUCAUGUAUCAAACCCUGUGAGAAGUAAUUUAUAGACAUUAUUUUGUGGAAUCCUCACAUGACCCUUGUGAUGGAGGUAUUUUUAAUUUUGUAGGAAACUGAGACUCAGGUGGGCUACCAGACCUGUCCAAGAUCAUAAGUUGGCCAGUGUCAGAAUCAAGAUUUCAGUACAAUGUGGCCGACUUCAUGGUUGUGUAACCUUCUGCACUCUCUCUCUGACUUGUCCUCAGUUUCUUGUGCUCAUAAAAUAGUCUAUAAAUAUUUAAAUUCUGGAACUGGGAAGGGCCUUGGGAGUCACAGGGUCCAACCCCACUGUGUUACAGAUGAAGAAACUGAGGCUCAGAGAAGUGACUUGCUCAGUCACUUCCUUUGGUAGUCCCAAAGGAGAUUGUGCCACUGAGAAUCUGCAUGGCUGCAGGAGGGAAGGGAGUGUUUCAGGCUCUGUCAGUGUCUCCAUCUCCUGCACACAGUGUGCAACCCAGGAUGUCCCCACCUGGGACUGCCUUCCCUGGACCAGGCCUCAGUUUCUCAGUCACCCCUUUGAGGCACUAACACUUGGCUCAUUCCUCUGGAGUCACAAUCCCCCUGGAAUUCAAGAUGAUUACUCAUGUACACCACUUCUCCUUUCUUUCUACCCCUAGUGAACCUAUACCUUGUGCCUCACGCUCCAAGGUGACAAUAAAUGCAUGUAAAUAUGAUCAUGGAACAAAAGGAGAGAAGAUUCUCCAGAGACUAUCCUUGGAGACAUUACUCAUAUGUUUCUUUGCUACCUCAAGAGAGGGACUUUAAUGGUGGGAACUUCAACGUAGAUUGAAGGGAAGGUGGCAGGCACAUGCACACUAUGGUGCAGAGAUAUUCCGUGGGUAGCAGGGCGUUUAUUAGCCUUUGAAGUCACACUACAAACUCUCACUCUGCCCAUAGAGAGGUGCGACACAGCCUACAUUGCAAAAGGUGGCAUCCAUAUACCAUUCUCCUUUCCUACACCCAGGAUGAAGUGGAUGGGCCACUGCCCUUUGCCUUUAGAAUGACUUCAGCUGCCUUCUCUAACACAACAUUCCAGGUAGCCAAUUCCCAUUAACUGUAGUUGGUGACAGGGAUGAAAUAGACCCAUUUGCCAUUCCCAGUGUUGUUGAAGGCUUUGGAAGUAGGCAGGUUACAAAACGAUUGAGUUUCUAUUUCUUCCAAUGUAAAAACAAGAAAAUAAUAAUUGACUUAAAGAAUUGUUGUAAGGUCUAGAGAUGACAUAUGUAAGAGCACAGCAGACUCCAUGGUACCUGGUACACAGUAGAUGCUUAGUGACUCUAAAUUGUUGUUCUUAUAAAGUUAAUGCUGACAGGGUGGAAUGCAUGAUGCCACAGCUCUGCAUUAUAAAGAAGUUGGGGAUUGUGAAAGAAAGAUGCUCUUGGACUUUGUAGUCUGUCUUUAUUUUGUGACUCUGCAGACACAAGUGUGUAUGUUUCAGGUCUAAAAGAGUUGAGCAGUCGUCUUCAGAAACAGCCCAGGAUGGCAGCUCACUGCCAGUUGGCUAGCUCUUGGCCAGCAAGUUAGGAAGAUCAGGCCAGCUGAGCAGUCUGUCCCCAGAGUACUCCAGUUCUGGUUAUGCUACUCACAGGCUGAAGGGCUGAAGAAAGUCCUUUAUUCCAAGCCUAGUUCAAUUUUCUAUAAAACACGUGUAAUAAUUCUGCUCUAGAGAGAGGGGUGGCAAAUUGAUGGACUCACUGGGCAUUGUUAUCUGUUUUGAAAAUGAAAUCUAUGAUGAGCAGCACAUGUGUUUAAAGAACACUUUCCUUUGCAGAAAAUGGAAAUGGUUUAACUUCUUCACUUUGUUUCACUAGUUAGUUAGUGUGCAUCUUCAAUGUCUCUGCCUAUGUCAUUAUUUACUAUGAUACUGAAACUCCUAAGGACAAAGAUGAUGUCUGCUUCAUUUACUUUUUAGAGCAUCCAGAAAAAUGCCAUGAACAAGUACAUUUUUAAUCCACUCAUAUGCUGUUAUUGUAGAUUGAAAUAUAAACUGUAUCCCAUACUCCAAAAAGUAUUUUGUUUUUAUUUUAAUCAUUUAAGACCAAAAAUCUGAUGAAACAUCUCUAUCAGAGCAGCACUGAAUGUCCUUACAGUCAGAACAAAUGCAUGCCUGUUGGUUUAUUUUAAUUUUAAAACAUUAAUAUUGACUGACUGUCUAUUACAAAAGUCUGCCCAAUGUAGAACAUGUGAAAAAUGCUGAAAACCAUAUAAAAGAAAUGAAAAGUUUUCUUUAAUUCCCAUGCUGGAAGAUAAUCACUUGGAACAUCUUGGAAUUUUUUCCUAAAUGAUUCAUUUUAAGGUGAUAUUGAUAUCAUCUAAUUCUUAGCUAGUUUUAAGACUUUCAACAUGUUUCUUCUCACUGUGAUUUCCAUCUUUUCAGGUAGUGAUCCUGCAUUCUUUCCAGCAAGAAUUAUUGUUUUGUUAUUUUUCAGUGUAUUGAAACAUGUUGUCAGUUAAAGGAAAGGGUUUGCCAUGAGCUGCUAGUCACUUACCCAUUUCAAAGGAACCUUGUGGUUACCAUGAAGGAAAAUUUAAUCCAUCUGCCACAAUGCAUUUGUUCUCUUGAGAACCAGGUGGAACUACCGCUGACUAUUUCCUUAGGAUUAUGCCACCCACCAAGGUAACUUUCUGUUUCAGUAGGUGAUGUGGAGAAACAAAACAACACCCUUUAAGUUAAUCAGUUUUGGAAAAUAGAGACUGGCUUUCUAUUCCAUGGCUUUGAUGUGUUUAGUAGUUCCUGUAAGGAUCUGCCUCUCUUUUGUUUCGAUUGACAAGACCUUUUCUAUAUAUUUGAGCAAUCAAGCAGCCCAGUAACAGAAGGUAGAGAUAUUUACCCAGAGCAAACUUCUACCAUUCAUUGUGACUCCCUGAGAUCUUAGUGCAAGUUUCAGCUCUAAAAGAAGCGUUGGCUCCUGCAUGAUUAGGUAAGUGCUUCUCCAUAUUUGUAACCUCAUUCCAGAGGAGGGGAAGCCCAGAGAACUUGCUACAGCAAGGUCAGAAGUAGGAACUGUGAAAAUAAUGAAUUCAGUGGGGGGUAAGGGUCCAUGAAUGCCAUAUCCUUUAUACUUCAAAAUCCAGGUGAGUUCUGUCUAGUGGGCCAAGCAUGAAGGGGGUUGAUUCUGGCUCCUGAAAGAGCACGGGGAAUGACCAAGACCCAGAGAGGAUGGACUUGACAGUGGACUGAGGUUAUGUUUUAAGUAACUCCUAUGCUUUCCAUCAUUUGGAUUUAAAUUGAAUGUUAAGUAGGUGCUGUUGCAGUGGAAGUCUAGAGCAGAAGCAAUUUACAGUGAGUAGGACACAUUUAUGAAUGGCCACCAACUCAGAUGAUAGGUUUCAUGAUAUUUUCUGCGUAUCCAUGUUUAGUGGUGAGUUGGUUUAGUAGCGAUGCAUAUAGCGAAUACUGUUAUUAAUAUUUACCUACCAAAUCAUUCCCCAUCAUGACACUGAAAAUAUAGUUUCAAGCAAAGUAUGUAACAUGGCACCCAAAUACCCUGGACCUGAAUAAAAAUAAUUUAUAUGUAUUCAUGUAUUCUGUUGGGUUAUGGAUUAGUUUUGGUGUUACUCAUAUUUUAUGUUUAUUUUGGAAAGACCACUGUGACAAACUUCCUCAGCACACAAGGCAACUGCAGCAGUUAAGUUACAAUAAGGAAAAGCCUGAGAAUGCACUUGGAGGGUGGGCAUCUAGAGAGGGCCAUGGAAUUCACACUGGCACCAGUUACAGGAAUCGCUGGACGCCUGUGUUGGAGUUUGUGGGCAUUUACAAUUUCUGGGCUCACUUUCCCUGAAAUGCUAGGAGCAAGGUCCCUUUGAUAGCGACCAAUGCAUGGUUGGCUGUGCCAUUGAGGGCAGCCAGAUCUGUUAAACUCUGUCCUUUCCCUCUCCGGAAGAGCAGCAUGAAGCUGGCAUUCCUCUUCCUUGGCCCCAUGGCCCUCCUCCUUCUGGUUGGCUGUGGCUGUGUCCUUGGCGCCUCCAGUGGGAACCUGCGCACCUUUGUGGGCUGUGCCGUGAGGGAGUUUACUUUCCUGGCCAAGAAGCCAGGCUGCAGGGGCCUUCGGAUCACCACGGAUGCCUGCUGGGGUCGCUGUGAGACCUGGGAGAAACCCAUUCUGGAACCCCCCUAUAUUGAAGCCUAUCAUCGAGUCUGUACCUACAACGAGACCAAACAGGUGACUGUCAAGCUGCCCAACUGUGCCCCGGGAGUCGACCCCUUCUACACCUAUCCCGUGGCCGUCCGCUGUGACUGCGGAACCUGCUCCACUGCCACCACGGAGUGUGAGACCAUCUGAGGCCCGCGUGGUCUGCAGAGCGCAGCUAGUGGCCUCAGCCUCACAGACCCACCUGUGUGAGCAGCACAUGCAGUUAUACUUCCUGGAUGCAAGACUGUUUAAUUUCGACCAUACCCAUGGAGGAGGUUACCUGUUGACCCUGAGGUCCAGCUCAGGCACAAGGCCCAAAUGCAGCCUACUGAUGCUAAAAAUUCGAAACAAUAUUCAUGCCUUCACCAAAAUAAUUUCUCCAGUUCACACACCUCCAAAUUAAUUUUUCUUUGCCUUGAGUCUUGGAACAUAAUUUGUGUAUCACAAUCCUCCCCCAAUUUGGACUUACAAUAUGCUAAUGAUUUAAACACAUUGGAUGUAAUUAGAAAAUGGGGCUGGAAAGUCUUUAAAUUCUCAUGUUCUAUUUAACCACUGAUCUCCAACCGGAUUUAUGAUUAAAGGGCUAGAAAUGAACAAAACCCAUGUACUAGUCGUCCUCACCCCUGAGGAAUUCCAACUGCAAGCUUCUUUAGGGAAAAUGCUCCCUUCCCCUUUUAACUGAGCAAUUAUCUACACAAGAAAUAAGACUGUUCAGAUAUACAAAGAGAGCAGCUUCAAUGAAGAGAUGUUUGGAUUUGGAUAAUUAUUUUCCCUAGCAAAAUUCCCUAAACUCCCUUAAGAGCCUUAAUAAAGAGGCUAUGGUGGGUUUGAAAGAAAAAAAAUACCCAGAAAUAAAAUAUGUAACUAAUAGCUAUCUCAUUUAGCCUUAAAAAGUUAUUAAACUCAUGUUUUAGAGUAUGAUGUUCUCCCAAAGCUAUGGCAAAAUGGCCAAUCACAUGUAUUCUUCCCGAUUUAUCAUAUUUUAAAUUUAAGUUGUAACUUACUAAACUCUGAAAUUUUACAUGCUUUUAGGGGUAAAACUGCAUCGCUGGCUCAGAGGAAACAGUCUGUGAUUUUCUAGCUCCUGCCUUCUCUAAAAUCUUACAGUAGCUAAUUCUGUGGCUGGAAAAAACCUCCAGAACUCUAAUGUUAUGCAAAUGUCUUUAAUUCUGGCAUUUUUGGGGUUGAAUUUAACCUUGUUCCUUUUUCAUAAUGUGCCAGGAAAACCUAUAUUAAUGCCAAUAAAGCAUGUCCUCUGUCUUUUGAAUUCAUGACAACUUUCAAGAAAGUCUUUUUAAUUUUUAGUACACUUGGAAUAACAGUGAGAAGCACACCUCAAAUAAACUACAAGGUUAUUUUUACUUAAGCAUUAAUUUGGCAUGUCAUGUUUAGUAAGGGACACAGACAGAUGACUCUGGGUAGCAUGAGUCCCAGCGGUGGCACAAAUGCAUAGACAUAGCCCUGGGAGCCAGGAGUCCUUCUUGAAUAAGAAUUCAAUGAGUCCCCCUAAAACACAGUAAAGCAAAUGUUGAGAUUGACAGUCAAGUACUGGGAUGCAGGGUGAACAUCUGGGAACAAAAGGCAGGAGCAAAAGUCACCCAACCUUUAGCAGAUGUGUUGGUAGGAAAGGAAUUCACUCUAACAGAAGAAGGCAAGUACUUGGGGUCUCUGCUGGAACAGUGGGUGAUGAUUAAGGAUGAAUCCUGGGUGGUGCCACUCAAGUGUUUUCAACCCACCCCUAAAGACUUUCCUCAAUUUUGUGAGGCACAAAGGGCUUGCCAGGAUUUGAGAAAAGAUGACCACAGCAAGAAUAAGGGUCCUGGCAGGAAACCAGUGAUCUAUUGCAGUGGGAUACGGAAGAGAUGAUUUAUAAAUGUGUGAGCAGAAUUAAGGAAACCAACAAGUGGGGAUGAAACAGAUCUGGUUCAGCAGCAAUGGACAACCCUAGGCUGAAGGAAUGGGAGGAGUGAGUGAUUGUCAGACCCCAGAGAAAACUGUAGAAGUGAGAUCCACGACAGGAGCUGCAGCCUUUGGUAGGAGGAUGCAGCCCUUCCCAAACUGAGACCUGGUAGGGAGGGAGGUGGGGGAGCAGAUACCCAUCCUCACUCUCCUCCCUGGUCUUCUGUUGAAUGAAAUGGGCAUCGAGCCGGGUGUGAUGGCUCAUUCCUGUAAUC